UGCUAGCUCUAUAAAACUCAUCAAUGGCCAGGACAAGGUCCAUGCCAGGCCCAGCGAAGAGUAAUCAAUAACCAUUUCAAUGGCAUCAUCUUCCCGCCCAUUCCUCCUCUCUCUCUCUCUCUCACGCGAUUUUCAUCGAAUUCAUUCCAGAAACAUCAGUUUGGGAUUUUGACUUCUAAAUCAGCACAAAUGCCCUUGGGAGUUUUACUGAUUUAUUUUGAAGCUGCGACCUAUCUCAUGUGUGUGUUGAAGAAAUAUGGAAAGGCCUCUCACUCUAAAACCGUUGAGCAUCCAAGAUGAAAAUUCUGUCAUCCACCGUAAAAGAAGUCACUGCUAAUGGCAAAUCAAAGACAUCCAGACCAUUGUCAAAGACGGGUGGAUUUGCACGCGAGAGUCGUAAAGCUCUGAAUGACAUUACUAAUAAGUCGUCUAUUCAUCGUGAGACAACCUCACAGAGUAAAUGAGAAUUGGAUUUUCGAACCAGAAAGUUUUUGAGUGUGAGGCACUGUCCAAGAAAAAGAUUUCAGUAAAUGAGAAUCUUAAUGUUGCGGAAGAAGGUUUCUUGCACGACCACAGGAAGUGCAUUGAUGCACAAAAAGCUACUGCAGCAGCAUCAGAGCUUAAUUUCAUGGACACAGUUCUUCCUGGACAUGAUGAUGCAGGUUCGACAGACGUGAUAAUGGAACAGACAAAGGGUGAUCGAGAUCUUGACAACUGCUAUCCCAAAUUGGAAGAGUUAUCCAUGCUAGAGUUUUCUGAUUGGUUCAAGCCUUGUUGGAAGUCUCCUCCUUCACCACUCCAUCAGGAGUGUCCUCUGUCCUGUCCUUCUGUAUUAGAGUUUGAGGCAGUUGAAUUAGUGCUCAAGGAAGGCGAAGACGAUGAUAUCUAAGAGUGUGGCAACAUAAAAUGCAUUUUGCCUAAGAAAAUCAAACUUACUGUCAAGUAAAAUGCUGAUAGUUUUUUUUAUCAGUUUUUCAACUGCUAACCUUGUAAUUUGUUGGGCCAAACUACUAUUCAUAUUGGAUGUUUUAGUUUA